AGAGGCGGCUCUCUUGCCGCAGAGAGGCGGCCUUGCCCUGCGAGACCGGGGCCCUUCUCCCGUUCCCGCUUUUGGGCUUUUCGCAGCCUUUCGGCUUCCCCACCCAGCAUCCUCGGGAAGGAGCAGGAGGAGGUCUCUCCCGUUCCUGUCAUGGCAACGAUUGUAUCCGAAAAACUCAGCCACCUCUUCAUCAACCUCCAGCACUUGUGCAAAAUCCCUCAACUUCUGUCCAAGGCCUUGCCUGCUCCAUCCUGCACAAUGGCAGCCUCAGAGGUGCCUCAGCUUUUCCGCAAGCCCUACAUCCACGCCGGUUACCGACCCCUCCACCGGAGCUGGACCUUCUACUUCCUGUCCCUCUUCCAGCAGCAUAACGAAGCACUCAACGUCUGGACGCAUCUGCUGGCGGCUUUCAUGCUGCUGGGGCGGUUCUGGCAACUCUCCCAGAUAGUUGAUUUUGUGGGCGACCUGCACGCUCAGCCCUUCUGCAUCGUGGCUGUGUCUUCCAUCAUCUACUCCACCUUCAGCAGCUUGGCUCAUCUCUUGCAAGCCAAGUCUGAGUUCUGCCACUACACGUUCUUCUUCUUGGACUAUGUCGGGGUGGCCACCUACCAGUACAGUAGCGCUUUGGUGCAUUACUACUACGCCAUUGAGCCAGAAUGGCACGCCUGGAUCUCCAGUUUCUACAUUCUGGGCGCAGUGGGGUUGGCUUGGUUGUCCUGUGCUGGUUCCUGCUAUGCCAAAUACCGAUGCCCUCACCUCUCCCCUCUGCAGGGCAGGCUCUGCCAGGAAAUGCCCUCCGCGGUAGCCUAUGCUUUAGACAUCAGCCCUGUGCUCCAUCGUAUCUACACCUCCACCAUCUCCGGGAAAAAUGACUUGGCUGCUACCUACCAUAAGUACCACGUUUUGUGCUUCCUGGUUGCAGCCUUUUUUUUCGCCUACCCUUACCCCGAGAAGUGGUUUCCCGGGAAGUGUCACUUUGUUGGACAGGGCCACCAGCUCUUCCACAUGUUCCUCAUGCUUUGUACCUUCAUCCAGUUAGAGGCGGUGCUUAUCGAUUACCAGACGAGGCGGCACAUUUAUGCUGAUCUGCAUGGCGACCUCGCUCCCUUCUUUUCCAUCAUGUGCCUUGUGCUGAUGGCUUGCUGUAGCCUCACAGCCCUCUACAUGAUGGUCAAGGUCAAACACAAAAUCUGGCCAAAGCGGGACUGAACUAAGGGGACACACCAGCUGCUGGGGAUUUACCGCCAGCUUCUUCUUUAGGUACUCUUGCUCCGGGAAUGUCUCUCCUGCUGUCAUUUAGGAAACUGAAUAGGAUAGCUAGCUAAUGCUGGGGUCUUCCCCUCCUCUUGCACUGGAGAUCUUGCUUGCGGGUUGCUCUGCCCAGGCAACUGAGAUGAUAAGUUGGAGGUUGCGUCAGAAAGGAAGUGACCAAACUCUUUGGUGGGAAAGGAGUUCGUGUUUUGUUUCCUGGAGGGCGGUACUGUAGCUCUGCUGUCUCCGAUUGAAGGGAGAACACAUGGUUGGUAUACCUCUUAGAAGCUACAUCCAUCUUUCUUGCAUCUUUCUGAAUCAGAGCUGGCAGCCUUCGGGCUUUUAGGAAUCCACUUGGUUGUUAUAAGAGUUCCUGAUCCACAAAUGGGACCCUGGGCCAGAGGGAUCAGUUUAGGAUCCUUCCUGAGGCCCGGAACUGGUUCUGAAUAUCAGAACUAGAUGGAGCAGCCCAAGGUUCAUCCUGGGAUUCUAUAAACUUCCUCCAUUUUAGGCAGUGCUUGAGAGAGAAUGGAUGGAAUGGUUACUUUCACUGCUGCCAUGUAAAACAGAUGUCAGCCUAUCGGCCAUGAUGAGAGAAAUACUUACAGAUACCCUUUUGGUCUCUUCCUUUUUUAAGUUCUGGAAGAACUUCCUGGAGGGAGAUAGAGAUGGCACUUAACCAGCACUUCCCCUGGAGGAGUGGACUUCCUAGCCUCCAUAUUUUGAAUAAAAAUAGCUCUUGCUCUGGGUUUCACUGAUUUGGGGGGGGGGGUUGUUUUGUUUUGUCCAGCACCUUUGCACUAUGCAGUCCCAAACCCCACAAUUCUAUGCCCUACGUCAGGGCACUUGUUCAGCACUGGUGCCUUCACGGAUUGCCUUCUGCAAUAUCCAGACGAAAGCAUCCUUCCUGGUUUUGGGAAAACCAUCUAGGACUUCUGCUUGUCUACCAUGAACCAAGCCUUGGGGAAACCUGCCAGGUAGACACGUGCCUUCAGAAGAGCAUCUGUCUAUCCAAAACUUUGUAUGUGGGAAUGAUACUACUUGUGAUAUUUUUAAAUGCAGUGGUAAGCUUGUUUGGAGAGGAGAACCUGGGACGACGCUGGACCUCAGUGGGUCAAAGUGAGUUUAGAGAAGGGGGAAGAGAUGGGCUUUGACAACUAGCGUUUUCAGAAGGAAGGUCCAUGCAACUGUGGUGGGUUGAGCUAACAGACCUUAAAGCAGUGCUCCGGAGACCCCUCCCCCCAAUUAUCUAUGGGCUCCUUCUAUCAACUUUAAUCAUCUACCACCCUCGAGAUUUAUUCUUCUCUAGUUUUUUUUUUUUUACACAGAGAUGAGGCUUCCUUGUCACCUAUAAUCUGCCCUUUUCAAAUGGCCAUGCCAAGAAUUGAGAUUGGCCCUUCGCACACGGCAAACAUUUGUGAUGCCACCAAGCUGCAUUUGGAGACCCCUUCCAACUCAACCAGAUUGCACCCUGUGAAAUUGUAUACUAGGCAUCAUUUUACUGGGCCUCUCGAGUGUAUCUUCAGCCUUCUUUUAAAGCCCUGUCUGCGUUUGUGGUAGUUACGGGAUCAUAUGCCAAAGAACACCAUGUCUUUCUGAAGAUAUGUUCUUCUUUUGGACUAUUCCAAAUUCCAAUGCAUGCUUACUGGUAAGCAAGUAAAUAAGCUUAACCCGAGUGUCACUAUAUGCACAGCUUUUAAGAGGAGCGAGGUUGCAUCUUCCAUUUGCCAAACACAUGUCCUAUUUUUCCCAAGAGAGUAGAAAUUAAAAUCCCUAAACAGAGUCCGUUGAGAAAUAACAUGGGGAAUCUUCAUAAAGGGUUGGCUCUGGAUGGUCUGUUUAUUUCAGCUGCAACCCCGCACGUACUGAUAGGGACUCAGCCGCGCUAAAUUCCCUGGGACCUACUUCUGUGUAAACAAGCAUGGGAGCACAUGACCAGCUUCCAGUGAAUGCAGUGGGAUGUUAGCUUUGUCCCAACUCCCCUUUACCCCAUUUUUGGUUGGUCGAGAUCCAAACAGCAAUUAGUUACACUAGCAUUCCCCAAAUUCCUGGGAAUGAUUGACACUGAAGUCCCAACACCUGUGGGAAUGCUAGCCGAGCGACACACACACACUGAGACACAGUGCGGACAACAGUUGCAACAUCAGGACUCAUCCUAGGUUUUCUAAGCGGAGCAAUUUGAUGUGGUUUGACCUUUGCAAAAAGCUAAUAUCGUGGUUUGAUAUUUAGAGCACAGGUGGUCGUUCCUUUGUUUCCUGGCAGCCCUCGCCACCUGCUUUGUGUCCAAAUUUGAGAGUGUAACUUGCCAGAGUUGGGGGGGGGGUAUCUCCCCCACCCCAUAAUCUAUGACCAAAAGUAAGCUUAAGAUAAGGGUUUUUUUUAAAAACCCACCACCUUUACAACUCAUAAAGGGAAGAAUCGAAUAUCUGGGUCAUCCCUGUCUGUCAAACACCUGAUUCACCUAUGAGAUUUCACCCCCUCCUCUGUAUUUUAGCUUUAUCCGUCUUCCAAAAAAUGAGCCAGCUCUGUGGGAGAUACAUUAAGCCAGUUGAAGUUUAUCUUGGUGCCUUCGACCUCAACAAUAAGAGGCUUUGUGCUGUCUUCUCUUCCUCGAGUCCAAAGACCGGGUGACACGAUCAC